GCGUGGGAAUAAAUUUUAGUUGAAUGUCAUCAACUUAUAAAUUUAACUAUUUUUUUUUCAUUUCCAAUAAAUAUCAAUUAGGUUAACGCUGCCCCCCACUUCCCCCCCCCCAAAAAAGGCGGCGGGCCAUAGCCAGGAAAGUACGCAUAUAUGGCUAAGUACAUGAGUUUUGGGCUAACAGUUCUUCUUCUUGUGUAUGGUGCAAUUUUACUGGGUUCCAUUAAUCCACAGAUCAAGAAUUUCAUGAUCAUGAGCGUGAAAGCGUGCCCGCUUUAUUGCUUAGACGUGGAGUAUAUGACUUGUCCAUCUUCAGGUGAAAAGAUUAAGCUUAAUCCAAGUUGCAACUGUUGCUUAGCUCCAAAGAACUGCACUCUUCACCUCGCGGAUGGGACUUCGGUCUAUUGUAAAGGAAAUUGAAUUAUUUUGGUGUGUCAAAUGAGCGGAGGAUUCUAUAUAUGGUUAUAUAUGUUCACAGUGAUAGUCACUAAUAUAUAAUCCGUUUACAAUUA